AGUGUGGAGAAGCAUAUUUUUGGGCCAAGUUUUGUCCCUAUUGCUCAGUGGAAAGUGCAUACUGACGACGUUACUUCAGAGUGCUACAUGGCAGUUCCCAACCACAGGACAGCUUAUAAUUCCGUAUUUAGCUUUAUUUGCACUAUUUACACCUACGCUCCUUUGUAACGGUGUGAGAAAAUUGUCCAAGCGAUGGUACGUGCUAGUCCUCGCAUGUGUCAUGGACGUGGAAGCGGGUUGGUUGCUGGUGAUGUCACAGCGGUUCACCUCGGUGCUGAGCUGACAGCUGCUGGCAUGCAGCGGCGUGGGUGCCGCGCUGGUGGGAGGAGCGUGGCGCGGGCAGAGACUUGGCGUCGCGCACGUGGCCGGAGCCACACUUGGGCUUAUGGCCGUUGUGUGUGUCGUCUGGGCUGAUGUGGAAGGAGCUCCUACUGAUGGCAAAAACCAGCUUGUCGGAGACAUGUUAUGCCUCGGGGGGUCCCUGCUGUUUGCUGUGGUGACGGUCCUAGAAGAGAUGAUGCUGAAGACCAUAUCCUGCUCACAAUACUUAGCUGUCCUGGGCUUCAUAGGCAGUGUUGUAGCAUGCACUCAGACGUUCUUCUUAGAAUUCAGUGAAUUGAUUACCUUCAACUGGUAUGAAUUAGAGACGAUUGUCCAACUUGGAAGUUACUGUUCAGUACAGACAAUAUUCCACAUUCUACAGAGCUUUAUGUUGAGAGAUGCAGGUUCCAUAAUACUACAUCUGUCGUUCCUGUCAGCGGAUUAUUAUACAGUCAUUGCUGGAAUGUUCAUCUUUCAGUUUAAGUUCCACGCUCUCUACUUCCUGUCGUACCUACUGGCGCUAGUGGGCGUGUUCCUGUUCAGCGCCCGCGUGACGUCAGCACCGGCGCCGCCGCCGCGCCUCCCGCAGCUCGUCAACGACUCCGUACAGAGCCAGGAUAAUGUCUCCAUGGAGUACACAGUGCCGACGUUAGACUGCAUCCCAAUAGAAGGGCUGGAGCCUCCGAUGAGUCGCGACACCACCUUCACAUCGUUCCUCGGCGGACCACAGAACAACGUACCCAAUGGAUCCAUUAUCACAUUCCAAACUAACGGUAUGCAGAAGGAAAUGUGUUAAAAUGACACAUUGGUGCUAAUUCCUGCAGACGCCAUCUAAUUUUAUUUCAAGUUAUAUCCGUCAUUUUCU